AUGUCAAAUAUUGAUAAUAAAGAAAUAAACAAUGGUUUUCCGUCGCCAAAUGAAAUAUUAUCUAUACCUACAAGAUUUCAAUCCAACAUACCAGAAGACUUUGGAGAUACAAUGUCAACUUCAAGUUUCGAAUUAGAUCAUUCAUUCACUUAUAGAAAUAGUAAUAAAUCAAUAAAUACAUUAAAGAGGGGUAAUACUGGUAAACUUAAUGAAAAAUAUGCCAUGAUGCAGCAAAAAAUGUCUCAAAUGGUUCAAGAUAUCAAAUCGCCCGUCGCGAAUCCUUUUCUCAUUCCUUCUCCACAUUAUAUUCGUGAAGAAAACAAAAACAUAUCUAAAUGGUCUUUGAGUAAUAAAAGACGAGAAUUAGAUUUGGAUGAUGAAUCAAAAAAGAGUUAUUCAUUUCUUCGAAAUGAAAGAAAUGAGUCAAUAACACCCAAUAACUAUAUUCAUAAAUUUGAACCAAAAUGUACACCAAAUUCACCACCUCCUUAUUCUCUACCAUUAAUAUUGAGAAAACAUGCGAAAAGGUUUACAAAUAUCUGGCCACCACGUGAUGAUUUGUCGUUAUCAGAGGCAGAAGAAUAUGAAGAGAAAAUGAAUGAAUUAUUUGGAUCAGAACCAACCACGCCAUCUCCAAUUGUUAUUAAAAAUCAUUCAUCACUGGAAACAAUACUUGAUAAUGUUAGUGACGACGACGAAGAAGAAGAUUUAAUAACUAAUAUUUAUACACGUCAAUUAACUCAGAAAAAUCUUAGUUUCGACGAUGCUGCAAAUCCUCCUCUUGUUACUACUGAUUUCUUACUUAACGAAUUCUUUGAAGAUAACGAUAUCUUUAAUGAAGAUUAA